UCCUGGACUCGGGGUUGAGGACGAGGAAUUUGACUGGAGUGAGACUCGAGCUUCCAGAGUGCAGUUCUACCUUGCGACAGUGCAUGCUGGGAAGUGAAGUCACUGAGAGGAGAAGAUAGGGAGUUCCCGGCGUGCAAUGCGGAAGGCUGCGACGGUACUGGGGAGACGAGGGAAAGACCGAGAGGCGGGAGGCGCGGUGGCUGAGGUGUGUCCUCGCUGGUGGCCUGAAGGAGGUAGAAAAUGACUAUGUCUUCGAUGGCGUCAAUCGCUGGGCCGCUCUUCUUGAGAUUUCCCUAAGCUGUCCCCUGGUGGAUCCGCUCCCAGUUUUUGCCCAAAAGUUCUUGUGGAAAAGAUGGCUGAUAUUAACCUCAAAGAAGUAACCUUACUAGUAGGUGUGGUUACUGCAUGCUAUUGGAACAGCCUCUUCUGUGGUUUUGUUUUUGAUGAUGUUUCAGCAAUAUUGGAUAAUAAAGACCUGCAUCCAUCUACACCUUUAAAAACUUUAUUUCAAAAUGAUUUCUGGGGAACUCCUAUGUCUGAGGAAAGAAGCCACAAGUCUUACCGACCCUUAACCGUAUUGACAUUUCGCUUAAAUUAUCUAUUCAGUGAACUAAAACCAAUGUCUUAUCAUCUCUUAAAUAUGAUUUUUCAUGCUGUGGUCAGUGUGAUAUUCCUUAAAGUCUGCAAACUUUUUCUGGAUAAUCGGAGUAGCAUGAUUGCUGCUCUGCUUUUUGCAGUGCACCCAAUACACACAGAAGCAGUAACUGGUGUCGUGGGAAGAGCAGAACUACUGUCAUCUAUCUUUUUUCUAGCAGCAUUUUUGUCAUAUACCAAAUCAAAAGGACCAGAUAAUACUAUAGCUUGGACUCCAAUUGCACUGACAGUGUUUUUAGUGGCUGUUGCAACACUGUGUAAAGAACAAGGAAUAACAGUUGUGGGAAUUUGUUGUGUGUAUGAAGUAUUUAUUGCCCAGGGGUAUACUUUGCCAUUAUUAUGUAGUACUGCUGGACAGUUUCUCCGUGGAAAGGGUAGCAUUCCAUUUUCUAUGCUGCAGACACUAAUAAAACUCAUUGUCUUGAUGUUCAGUACAUUAUUGCUUGUUGUGAUUAGAGUCCAGGUUAUUCAGUCCCAACUUCCAGUGUUUACAAGGUUUGAUAACCCAGCUGCUGUAAGCCCAACUCCCACAAGGCAGCUAACUUUCAACUACCUCCUUCCUGUGAAUGCUUGGCUUCUAUUAAAUCCUUCAGAGCUGUGCUGUGAUUGGACCAUGGGAACAAUACCACUUAUAGAGUCAUUUCUAGAUAUUCGAAAUCUUGCUACUUUUGCUUUCUUUUGCUUUCUGGGGGCUUUGGGAAUAUUCAGUCUCCGAUAUCCUGGUGAUUCCUCCAAGACUGUUUUAAUGGCACUUUGUUUAAUGGCAUUGCCAUUUAUUCCAGCAUCAAACCUUUUUUUUCCUGUUGGAUUUGUUGUUGCUGAGCGUGUACUGUAUGUUCCUAGCAUGGGAUUCUGUAUUUUGGUAGCCCAUGGGUGGCAGAAAAUUUUAAACAAAAGUGUAUUUAAAAAACUGUCCUGGGUGUGUCUAUCCAUGGUGUUACUUACUCAUGCCUUAAAAACACUUCACAGAAAUUGGGAUUGGGAGUCUGAAUAUACAUUGUUCAUGUCAGCCUUAAAGGUAAAUAAAAAUAAUGCCAAAUUAUGGAAUAAUGUGGGUCAUGCUCUGGAAAAUGAAAAGAACUUUGAGAGAGCUUUGAAAUACUUUCUACAGGCUACUCAUGUUCAGCCAGAUGAUAUUGGAGCCCACAUGAAUGUAGGAAGAACUUAUAAAAAUUUAAAUAGAACUAGAGAAGCUGAAGAAUCUUACAUGAUGGCUAAAUCACUAAUGCCUCAAAUUAUUCCUGGUAAAAAAUAUGCAGCUAGAAUUGCUCCUAACCACCUAAAUGUUUAUAUCAAUCUGGCCAACCUUAUCCGAGCAAAUGAGUCCCGGUUAGAAGAAGCAGAUCAACUUUAUCGACAAGCAAUAAGUAUGAGACCAGACUUCAAACAGGCCUACAUUAGCAGGGGAGAAUUGCUUUUAAAAAUGAAUAAACCUCUCAAAGCAAAGGAAGCAUAUCUUAAAGCACUAGAACUGGACAGAAAUAAUGCAGAUCUUUGGUACAACCUGGCAAUUGUAUAUAUUGAACUUAAAGAACCAAAUGAAGCCUUAAGAAACUUUAAUCAUGCUUUAGAACUAAAUCCAAAGCACAAACUAGCAUUAUUCAAUUCUGCUAUACUAAUGCAAGAAUCAGGGGAAGUUAAACUCAGACCUGAAGCUAGAAAAAGACUUUUAAACUACGUAAAUGAAGAGCCACAAGAUGCUAAUGGCUAUUUCAAUUUGGGAAUGCUUGCCAUGGAUGACAAAAAGGACACUGAGGCAGAGAUUUGGAUGAAGAAAGCUAUAAAAUUACAAGCCGAUUUCAGAAGUGCUUUGUUUAAUCUGGCUCUCCUGUAUUCUCAGACUGCAAAAGAAUUAAAGGCUUUGCCAAUUUUAGAAGAGUUACUGAGAUACUACCCUGAUCAUAUCAAGGGUCUCAUUUUAAAAGGAGACAUUCUGAUGAAUCAAAAGAAAGAUAUACUUGGAGCAAAAAAAUGUUUUGAAAAGAUUUUGGAGAUGGAUCCAAGCAAUGUGCAAGGAAAACACAAUCUUUGUGUUGUUUAUUUUGAAGAGAAGGAUUUAUUAAAAGCUGAAAAAUGCUUGGUUGAAACAUUGGCAUUAGCACCACAUGAAGAAUAUAUUCAACGCCAUUUGAGUAUAGUCAGGGAUAAAAUUUCCUCAUCUGGUUUUGUAGAACAGCCAGUAUUCCCAGCUGAUAAGACUUCAGGUGAAGAAGGAGACAAACUUCCAGCUGAAAAUAUAAAAGAAAUCAGAAGUGAAUCCAGACCAACACAGAUAAUGAAAACAAUUGAAUCUAAAUCCAAAAAACAAUUAGCAAAAAAUGCAGACAAAGAGACCCCCCAAAAAACAACAAAAGACAUCAAAGAAAUUGAGAAGAAGAGAGUUGCUGCUUUAAAAAGACUAGAAGAAAUUGAACGUAUUUUAAAUGGAGAAUAGCAUUAUUCUUUAUAAUGUGACAUUGGUAUCAAAAACUUCAAUCUAUAUCAUGUGAUUGCUUGUACUGGGAGCUUUGAAAAAUAUCAAGAAUAUGUAACAGUCUAUCAUGGGCUGCCUCUACAUUGGAUCAAAAUAAGAUUUUUCAUUAAAGACCUGUGUUACCCCAAGAUAUGUGUCAUAUAUGAUAUGGCAGAAGUUUUUAGUUUUGGUUAACAAAGCAAAAAUUUCAAAUUACAGCUGAUCAAUUUGUGACUUUGAUUAUAGAAGGAAAAUUUUUCUGGCAGAAUAAUCUUUACAACUCUGACUUAAAAAUAGUUUGAAGCCUGAAUGAUUAUGAUUCUUUGAGGAUAAAUCCAACAAGUGCUGGUUCAUUCUAUGAAUUCCCAUUUAUUAGCCACUCCAUUUUUCCUUUACCUGUUGAAAACUGGCAUUGGGUUAAAAACAUUUUUUGAACACAUUUUUUUUUCUUCAAUAAUUCUUUUAAAUCAAGAGAUUUUUGCACUACAAAAGAACACUGGGUCUUUAUGUUGUAUUAUUUGGUUGACUUUUAGAAAGAAUGCUGGGUAAAACAUUUUAGAUGAAUUAUGACAUGUUAGUUUAAGAAUAGUUUUUCUUAAUUUCAUACUUGUUCUUCAUUAUACAAUGCAGUUUUGAAGCAGCUGAAGUUACACACACACACACACACACAAUCUCUCUCUCUUCUAAUGGUGCUCACAUAUACUGUAUUUUUUUUCCACAUUGACAGUCAAAACAUGAACCACUAAAUCAUGACUGUUCUUCAGCUUUUAAUCCCCAAACUGUUAUGUUUCUUAACAUUAAUCAUAUUGAGAAGCUCUGAUAAUUCUUAACUUUAGACUCCUGAGUAAUAGUAGACUUCUCUUUCAUCUUAUUGUUAGCUCUCUAGUUUUAUUGAAUUUAAUUUUCUGUUUUCAAAGUGACACCUUGAUUAUUCUUACUUUAAGCCACUAAGUUCAGUUCUUUUUAACUGAAAACAAUGUGACAAAGUUUAUUUUUAAGCACUAAAUUCUUGAUAUCUUGUGGUAUAUAUAUUAUUAAAUAUUUAUUUUAACUACUGAGUUUCAUAAAAAUGUUUUAAGCUGUCUUAAUUCUAUCCAAUAUGGAAAACAAAUUGUUUUCAAAACAAAGCAAUUUGUUUUCUAGUGCAUUUGCAUAUAUGAGCAUUUAUUAUGAUUUAACCAAAAUUGCAUCAUUUGGGCCAGUUGUCAAUUACAAAAUUAUCCUACUAAAUGAUUAAUAAAUUUAUCACCUUGGUUUUAGCAAAUUGAAACCUGAAAAAUGUGUUACAUUGAAAGUAGGUACAAAUUAAAAGUUAAAUUUAUUAAUUGAAAUCUAAUCUUUUUUUUUUAGUUAAAAUACAUUUUAAAUGAGUUUUAUAAAGUAAGUUAUAAUUUGAAAUGUUAAAGCUCAAGAAAGCUGUCAUUCUGGGAUAGUAACUAAUUUCUAAUUAUGUAGUAUUUCAAAAACUAUACUUUUUAGUUCCUUUGAGAAAACUAAUUUCUAAUUAUAUAUGUCUCUAAAACCAUAUUCCUGUAAUGUUUUUAAGAAAUGUUUUAUAAAUAGGUCACAAGAAACAUAAUCUGCAUUAAAAACCCAGUCUUAUUAGGUUCCCAGAGGAUCUGGCAUAGAUUUUUCUAGGCAAUUUAAAGCAAGCAUGGAUGCCAGUGGGUAUUAAUUCUUGACCCAGGAGAUUCUAUUAAACAUUAAAGCAAUAUCUUAUUUCAGUUCAUAGAUUAUGAUUUUGUGACUUCAAAUAGAAGGUAGAGAAUACAUCAUGUAGUAUGACUUGAAAAAUGAAAUUAAGUUAUUACAUUCUGUCCAUUCUAUCUUGAGAAUGUUUCUGAGGUGAUGUCUUCAAUGAUAAUUUUAAGUGGAGGACAUUUCAGGAAAAUAAAAGGAAAUCUUUUGUGACAGCAAAAGAAUUAUAUUAGCAUUCAGAGCAAGUGUCUGUCACACAGGAAAUACUCAUGUAUUUGAAUUUUAAAUUAUUUAGACAAAAUCCAUCCUGAGUAAUUAAUAAUUAUUAAUUAUUCCAAAUCUGGUUUCAAUAUGGACCCCACCCCUUGUGAUGGAGUCAUGCUUCAGUUUUUUUCAAAACUCCAUUUGGUUCUAAUUUGUAGUUAGAGUUAAGGACUACUGUUCUUAAUUAGUUCAGGAAAAUCUUUUUGCCUCUCCUGUGUUAACUUUUUAAUUUAGUUAACACUAAGGAAUAUGUUCUGAUAAAUAAAUAACUUGUUUUCUUUGAAAAUUAAAUCUUAAGUUUUAUCAUACUUGCUUAUGUGUAAGAUUAUUGUUUCUUACAUAUAAAUUCAAAAUAAAAAUUCAAACUAUUCAGGUGAGAAAACGUAAUGGAUUCUUCUUACUCUAGAGCUACCUUUUUGAAGAGUUGAGGGUGAGGACAUUUAAGACCAGUUCACUAACCUGUGAUUCAGAGUUGUGGACAUUUGUUUCGAAGGGAAAGCUUAUCACAAGCUCGUGUGCUGGUAAGUGGAUGGAGUUUUAGUUCUACUAUUUUAUAAAAUAAUCUACACCCCAGGAGUUCUAGCAAAGCUUUGACAAUCCCCAGGAGCAAUACUGUGUUACUCCACUAAUUCUCAGAAGGUAAAAUUCAGUUUCCCAAAUUGCUCUUCUAUGAGUUUCCUUAUUAACAUUUGGAAUUGGGAAUUUUGUAAUUAUUCCAGUGAAGUAGUUUUCUGAAGUUGAUGAUGUGGAGAAAAAUAAUGAUGUAAUUUUGUUUUACAAUGUUGUGUUUACUGUUCUGUAAGUAUGUGAGUUACACAAUUCUAAUAAAACCUCAUGCCUUUUCAUUACAUCUAAAUUGAACUGUUUCAUGUUAUAGAAUGCUUCUUUAAUGAAAAUAUUAAGAAAAUAUAUAGAUUUGUAUGUCAAUUUAUACUUCAGAAAUCCAUAUAUUGUCAUAUUUAUUUUUUUAAAAAAUCUAAUUGCAUGAAUAUAUGUAUUUUAAAUAAACACACACCCCCCAAAAAAUCUGAUAACAUGGUCCAAAAUUAUAUGUCUGGGAAGCUGUCAGCCAUCCAUGCUAAGGGUUCAAAUGAAUGCAGUUUAAAAUUGUAUGUAUUUUGUAUUACUAUUGUGUCUCUGUGUACCUUAUUUCUAAAUAUUAAGUAUUAAAUUGGUACUUUUUAAAACCUAA